CCUCUAUUCCCUCUCUGUUUCUCAUCUUGGAGACAGUAGUGUGCAUGCAGCCUCAAAUCUAAGCCGCUACCAGUCAGGCUGCUCCGUUUCUGCGCUCUGCGCUGCUCUCCUUUCCUCUCCUCUCUCUUCUGCGCUAUACUGCACCGCACUGCACUGCACGUCCCUUCUCUUCUCUCCUCUCAUAUCUAUUUCUCCUCGUUCUUUCUCUCUCUUUUCUCUUCCUCUACCUGCAUCCCUCUCACACGCUCUUAUCUCUUUUGUGCAUUGCUGCACUCUGCUCCAUUGUUUGGGUUUUUCAGCUCCAUAGCUGAGUACGCUCUACCUACUGCUAGAAGAGGACGCAGGUGCUCCUGGGUCUCCCGGUUUGGUUUGCCUUGGACUCUUUGGAUCUGUUUGGCCCAGAGCGAAGAUAAGGGCAGGGAGGGAGGUGAGGGAGCUUCAGCGCCUUGGAGAAUUAACGGAUAAAAGGUGGUGGCGGCGGUGAUUGAUGGGUGUCUGUCGAGGGUCAUGCCCUGGGACUUGCGUGCUUUUCGGCGUUUGGAGUUGGAGACCAUCUCCCAUUUUUGCCCUCCUAGUGGGGCAGCAUUGAUCCUGGUGCCGGAAAAGCUGCCAGGCAUCAGUGGCUGCACCGUAAAGAGUGGGCAUCAUGAACCAGCUGGAUGCACCACGGCCACUCAACUGGACCAUCAGAAAACUGUGCCAUGCAGCCUUUCUGCCAUCUGUACGCCUGCUUAAGGCACAGAAAUCGUGGAUAGAGAGAGCAUUCAGCAAGAGAGAAUGUGUUCAUAUCAUAGCGAGCGCCAAAGACCCCCAUAGGUGCUGUUGUGGUCGUCUGAUAGGUCAGCACGUGGGUCAGCCCCCGGGCAACUCUUCCAGUCAGAAUGAUAAGGCAGAGCGGUCGGCCAAGAAUGACAGCUUGUCGGAGAAGUGGUCGAUCAGCAAGCACACACAGCUCAGCCCCACCGAUGCCUUUGGCACCAUUGAGUUCCAGGGAGGAGGACACUCCAACAAAGCCAUGUAUGUGCGAGUGUCUUAUGACACUAAGCCUGACCUGCUGCUCCACCUGAUGACCAAGGAGUGGCAGCUGGAACUGCCCAAGCUGCUAAUAUCAGUCCACGGGGGCCUGCAGAACUUUGAAUUACAACCUAAACUCAAACAGGUCUUUGGCAAAGGGCUCAUCAAGGCUGCUAUGACAACAGGAGCAUGGAUCUUCACUGGGGGAGUCAACACAGGGGUGAUUCGCCAUGUGGGUGAUGCACUGAAAGACCACGCCUCCAAGUCCAGGGGGAAGAUCUGCACCAUUGGCAUUGCUCCCUGGGGCAUAGUAGAGAAUCAGGAGGACCUUGUAGGAAAAGAUGUGGUACGUCCAUACCAGACCAUGUCCAACCCCAUGAGCAAGUUGACGGUCCUAAACAGUCUCCACUCCCACUUCAUCCUGGCAGACAAUGGUACCACGGGAAAGUACGGCGCUGAGGUCAAGCUGCGACGCCAGCUUGAGAAACACAUCUCUCUGCAGAAGAUCAACACACGUAUUGGUCAGGGUGUCCCAGUGGUGGCUCUGAUUGUGGAGGGCGGUCCUAAUGUAAUCUCCAUAGUGCUGGAGUACCUCAGGGACACUCCUCCGGUCCCUGUGGUGGUGUGUGAUGGCAGCGGUAGAGCAUCAGACAUUCUGGCAUUUGGACACAAAUACUCAGAGGAAGGAGGCAUAAUUAACGAGUCUCUAAGAGACCAGCUGCUGGUGACCAUUCAGAAGACAUUCACCUAUAGCCGCUCACAGGCCCAACAUCUGUUCAUCAUUCUCAUGGAGUGCAUGAAGAAGAAAGAGUUGAUAACGGUUUUUCGCAUGGGGUCAGAGGGUCAUCAAGACAUUGACCUUGCCAUCCUCACUGCAUUACUCAAAGGUGCCAACGCUUCUGCUCCUGACCAGUUGAGUUUGGCUCUGGCGUGGAACAGAGUAGACAUUGCCCGCAGUCAGAUCUUCAUCUAUGGACAGCAGUGGCCUGUUGGUUCUUUGGAGCAGGCGAUGCUGGAUGCCUUAGUUCUGGACAGAGUUGACUUUGUCAAGCUGCUUAUUGAAAAUGGUGUCAGCAUGCAUCGUUUCCUCACGCUGUCCAGAUUGGAGGAGCUGUACAACACGAGACAUGGACCAUCCAACACACUGUACCACCUCGUCAGGGACGUCAAAAAGCGAGAAUAUCCAGGGUUCGGUUGGAUCUACUUCAAGGGAAACCUGCCCCCAGACUACCGCAUCAGCCUUAUUGAUAUUGGACUGGUCAUUGAAUACCUCAUGGGGGGGGCGUAUCGUUGUAACUACACCAGGAAGAGAUUCAGAACACUGUACCACAACCUCUUUGGACCUAAGAGACCCAAAGCCCUGAAACUGCUGGGGAUGGAGGACGACAUGCCAAUUCGCAGAGGCCGGCAGAAAACUACACGUAAACGGGAAGAGGAGGUGGACAUUGAUUUGGACGACCCCGAAAUCAACCACUUCCCUUUCCCCUUUCACGAGCUGAUGGUGUGGGCUGUGCUCAUGAAACGUCAGAAGAUGGCGCUGUUCUUUUGGCAGCACGGCGAAGAGGCCAUGGCCAAGGCCCUGGUAGCCUGUAAGCUCUGUAAGGCCAUGGCACACGAGGCUUCUGAGAACGACAUGGUGGACGACAUCUCCCAGGAGCUAAAUCACAAUUCCAGAGAGUUUGGCCAGCUGGCAGUGGAGCUCCUAGACCAGUCCUACAAGCAGGACGAGCAGAUGGCCAUGAAGCUGCUGACUUACGAGCUGAAGAACUGGAGCAACGCCACCUGCCUGCAGCUGGCUGUAGCGGCCAAACACCGAGAUUUCAUCGCUCACACCUGCAGCCAGAUGCUGCUGACGGACAUGUGGAUGGGGCGCCUGCGCAUGCGCAAGAAUUCGGGCCUGAAGGUGAUCUUAGGGCUGCUCCUGCCACCGUACAUCUUGAAUCUGGAGUUCAAGAACAAGGACGAGAUGUCGUACAUGCCCCAGGAACAGGAGGCCUACCUGCAGGAGAAGGAGGAGGAGGAGCCGGAGAAGCCGGUGAAGGAGAAGGAGGACGAAGACAUGGAGUUCACAGUAAGAUCUUACUGUGAGGCGCAGUACAACUCCGUGGCAAUGCUGGGUAAGGUAACCACAGAGACAUCCAGAAAGAAGGAUGUUGAGGAGGUUCAGAAGCGCCACCGCCUCAUCCCCAUGGGACGCAAGAUAUACGAGUUCUACAAUGCACCGAUUGUGAAGUUCUGGUUUCAUACGAUGGCAUACGUAGGCUACCUGAUGCUGUUCAACUACAUUGUUCUGGUCAAGAUGGACCUGUGGCCUUCUCCUCAAGAAUGGAUUGUCAUCGCUUACAUCUUCACCAAUGGCAUUGAGAAGAUGAGAGAGAUCCUGAUGUCUGAGCCGGGGAAGUUGUUGCAGAAGGUGAAGGUGUGGCUCCAGGAGUACUGGAAUAUCACAGACCUCAUGGCCAUCCUCAUUUUCUCUGUGGGCAUGGUUCUACGUCUUCAGGAGCCUCCGCUCAUGAGCUACGGCCGGGUCAUCUACUGUGUCAACAUCAUCUACUGGUACAUCCGGCUGCUCGACAUAUUUGGAGUCAACAAGUACCUGGGUCCCUAUGUGAUGAUGAUUGGCAAGAUGAUGAUCGACAUGAUGUAUUUUGUGAUCAUCAUGUUGGUGGUGCUAAUGAGUUUUGGGGUGGCACGCCAAGCCAUCCUGAACCCUAACGAGGACCCGUCCUGGAUGCUAGCCAGGAACAUCUUCUUCAUGCCUUACUGGAUGAUCUACGGAGAAGUGUUUGCCGACCAGAUUGACCAUAUGCAUAGUAGGAAGUUACAGCAAAGGCUGAAUGAAAAACUCUGGCUGGUCGAAAAUUACUUACGAACUCACGGAACCUGGCGUAAUAAUGGUCCAUCCCACAUUGCGCAGUGCAGUCAAAAUCCCACCCCCUGUGGGCAGAACAUCACUACAGAGGAUGGGGUGGUGGUGGCCCUGCCUCCCUGUAAGACCGGGGCCUGGAUUGUCCCCGCCAUCAUGGCCUGCUAUCUGCUGGUGGCCAACAUACUUCUGGUCAACCUCCUCAUAGCUGUGUUCAAUAAUACGUUCUUCGAGGUGAAGUCCAUCUCCAACCAGGUCUGGAAGUUCCAGCGGUACCAGCUCAUUAUGACCUUUCACGAGCGCCCAGUCCUUCCUCCACCUCUCAUCAUCUUCAGCCACAUAACCAUGGUCCUCAAGCACCUGUGUUGUCGCUGGCGCAAGCACGAUGACGACGAGAGGGAUUAUGGGCUGAAGCUUUUCAUCACAGAAGAUGAGCUGAAGAAAGUCCAUGACUUUGAGGAGCAAUGUAUAGAGGAGUAUUUCAGAGAAAAAGACGACCGAUUCCACUCCUCUAAUGAUGAGCGGAUCAGAGUCACCUCUGAAAGAGUGGAGAACAUGGCAAUGCGGCUGGAGGAAGUGAAUGAGAGGGAGCAUUUCAUGAAGGCGUCGCUGCAGACGGUCGAUAUCCGUCUGGCCCAAAUGGAGGAGCUCAUCGGGCGAAUCGCCACAGCGCUCGAACGCGUGACGGGCGUCGAGCGCGGCGAGGUCAACAAAGCACGCUCUCGGACCUCCUCCGACUGCACGGACUCCGCGUACAUACUGCGCCAGUCGGACUGCCCGGACGCGGCCUACAUCCUCCGCCAGAGCAGCUUCAACAGCACAGAGGGCACCGCCUACCGCUUUCAGGAGGCGCUGGAGGCGACGGCGGAGGGCUCCAUGUCGCCUCCCUCCCCCACUGGCAUAGCUACAAGGACGAGGAGCCACUCUUUUUAUGUGGGACGUGGCGAACGUGGAGCUGAGCGCGCCGAGAGCUUCUUCAGAGAACGCUCGCUCAGUCUUCACCGAGCCAACAGCUCGCAAUCCGUCUCCUCGUCAGCAGCCCCCAAAGACUCGAAGCCCCUCCCCCUGGCGACGCUCUCGGUCUCCCAGCAGCAUCGUCCCUCAUCAUGCAUCGAUAUCUUAGUCUCGACGUCUGAGGAGGUGGGACCGGGGGAGGUCUUUCUGGAUUCCCUGCGCGUGGUCCCACCGCUCCAGAGAGACUGCUCGGUCCAGUCUGACACCAUGGAGACGGUGCUGCCGGGACACCGGGACUUCAGCGGCGCCGCCGCCAGCAGCUUGUUGGACAGGCACUCGGAGGGCGGCGCAGGAAGCAGCAACACAGCCGGAGUCAUGUUUGAGGACAGCGCCGCUGCCGACCUGUCGUUGUGUUCAACCAGCCUCAUGCCAGACACCACCUUAGCUACUUGGGACACGGAAGCAUCGCCGCCUCCUUCGGCCGGGUUGCUGGAACGCUCGAAGAGCAGCCGCUACCUCUCAACAGGCGCAGCGUUCCCGGACGAGCCUCCCCUGGUCAAAUCCCACAGCCUCAUGUUUACACCGAGGGGAUGCUACAGCUUGGGAGUGGGAGUCCAGGUGAAAGCGGCAGAGUACACCAGCAUUACCGACUGCAUCGACACGCGCUGCGUCUCAGCUCCAUACACGCCUGCAGAACGCUCACAGUCCCCUGGAGCCUCCACCUCCUUCCCCUUCGAUAAGCCCCCAGAUGUGGCCUCCUCUCACCCCGAGAGAGAGGCCGAGCUUAGUCACACAGAGUCAGACCCAGAGGAUCCCGAGGAGCUGAUUCCAGCCUCUGACACUCCUCGCCCUGGAGUGUUAAGUGGGCCCAGUCCAUCCCCCCUCUGCUCCCCCUUCUCCAGGCUAGAGCGAGCAAACAGCUGCUCCUCAGAUGACUCCCAUCCUUCCCUCACGCUGGCCCCUCCGCACCGGAAGAGUCUGUCCGUGAGUGAGAGGAUGGAGAGGGGAACGGGUUUGGGGGUAGACCGGGGUCUUGGGCUGGGGACCCGGGGCCUGGCGGUAACCAGAAACCCUUUGCUCAAGACCAAGUCCGGAGCAAGGCCCGAAGCAACCAAAACUGACAGUCUCUCCAUGAGGAAGCUGGCCACACCAUCAGCGUUUCGUAGCUUUGAUAGACAGAACUACACAUGACAAGGACUGGUAGGACCAGGGAGGAAAGCUAAAAGGGCUGAGGGGAAAAGUGGAGGCAGCUUGAAGUUACCCUCAGAGGCUGAUCUGGACCAGAUAUAUAGCUUUUGUACGUACAUUUUAGGUUAGAAAAGAAAAUAUGAUUUUAUUCAUACUUAGUGCAGGAGCAAAAGUGUUCUCUGGAUCACAAACCGCAGAGAAUGGGACGGGAAUCACUAAGGGUCUACUGUACACCAGUGAAAAACAAAGAGCUAUGAGCCUAGAUUAGUUCUUCGGUUCUUCCGGUCGUAGGAGAUUCACUCUCCGUUGUGUGUUACGACAGUGGAAGGUGUAUUCAUACUGUAUGUCUUCCACCCUUAUGUCCAGUAGACAUCUGUCACUGUGCCACGUCACAUUUCUAAACAUGUUAGUCAGAGAACGCGCACUGUUGCUACUAGAUACAUUAAACGAUGAAAGGACAAACAUUUUGUCACGAAAUGUUCAAUUUCUGUAUAUUUUCCUCUCUACAUACGAUCUGCAUACUCCGCUGACCCCAACCUGUCCGACCGCAGCACCGGUUGGAUCCAUCGGGAAGUCAUUUCUCUCCUGGAUGUACUAGAACUAGUAGCUGUAGUAAGGCAACACUUUACCUCUGGAUACACUAAACAUCUAUGAAAUAGUCAAUAUUUAGCACCAUUUCACAGAAAAAUCAAACACAUCUUGUUCACAUGUUGCAGCACAUUGAUUUUUCAUUCUUUUGUUCCAUUAUCACGUGUCUGGAGUCAUGGUUGUCAAGUGUCAGCAGUCUGCAUGUGCAGUGACUGGAACAGUAAAGACUGGUGGAAUUAGCCGCGAGUGGAAAGUUGAUGGAAAAAGUACAAAAGAAAACGUAAAGGCUGACAUCAGCGGUCAAGUCUCAGUUUACAGUCUCAGUUUGAAAGCGCGAGCGAAGCAAGAGAGUGAGGGCAGCUGACACGCACACGUGUCCACACUCACACAUGGCCAGUGAAAUCCUACACAUCGGUGGGAAAUCCUGAACUUCAGACCAGAUCUGAGAGCUUUAACAAGUGCAAUUGCAAAAAAAUGGCGACGAGACGGCGCUAUGAGCCUCCUUCAGAAGCAAUGCCUGCUGGGUGAACCCGACGCGAACCUUCUUUGCCUGCACCUGACACCAAAAAUCCUCCCACUCAACGCAACCACGUAGCUCUCCUGUAGCUCAGUCCUCCUUCAGGUUUUUUGAGUGGCAUUAUGUUGCAGUGGUCUUACACCCACCUACACCCAAUGAUCCGUCCUUCAUCCGUUACAUACAUGUCUUUCAUUUGCUUUCCUCCUUUCUUUGUGUACUUGCAUUCAGAGCCAGUCUGCAAAAGGAGACUUUACGAGGAAGCAGUCGCCCCAAAUGGCUGAGUCCACUGUACAUCACGCAUAGGUCGGCAACAGUACGUGAAGAAAGAGCUAGUUUAUACACUUACUUUUAAAUAAAAGAGCUUCAGAAUAAGCUGCCAAGCAUAUGCAUUUUAGUUGCGAUAUAUGACAGGUGUGACAUGGACGGGAAGCCGUGGGAUUAAUAUUAAUAUGAAAAAAUGAAAGCCAGAGUUUUGAAGCCUCCUUAUUUUUUAUUCUAGUAGAAGACGUGUUGAAGGGGAUAAGAUGUCCUACUACUCUGACAGCUUUGUAAAGAUAAAAUAGGUAAAACUAAUUUUUUUUGUUUUAUUUGUUUUAUACUUCCUCACUAUUACAAUUAAGUUCAAUCAUGUUGAAUUUAUUUGGAGAUUGAUGCCAUUUAUUGACAUUUUCUUGCUCAUUAUGGAUAAUUACAGUAAAUGCCUGUUUGAAUUACAAAUUAAUAUUUAUAUCUUCUCAGUGAUAUUUUUGUCGGAUUUUAAGUAUUUUCUAAUUAAGAUUUUAAAUUUAAUAAAAGACGACCAUCUACAUGCACUAAAUGCUGAUGUAUAAUAGUAUUUAUUAAAUAUAGGAUUGUCUGAUAUACUGUAAAUUUCAAUCAUAUUUAAAGUAUUUAAAGUAGUUUUAUUGUUAUGCAGCUUAUGGGGGUUUUCUAAUGUAAUGUUGACAAGGCAACGCAGUUGCCAGUAAACCAAACUUAGGGUGCCUUUCGGGCAUGGGUGGCGUAUGCACAGACUGACGUGAUUUUAAACCACGUGAAAUCGUUCUCUUUCUGAGUAUUUAUUUUUAACAUGUGGCUUUCUCAUACUCUUAGAGGCCUUUGUUGUGCUCAUGCAGACAGGGGGUCAUUUUUAUUGACAGACUGCAUUGUUCGUAUAUGGAAAUUUAUUUGAACGCACCAAAACACCUAAUUUUAAUAAUAGCUGAACAAAAUACUAUUUGCACGUGAAAAUGAGACACAGGGAUAGAGACACAGUGUCAGCACAGUCUGCUGCUGCUGCUGCGGUUACUCUCGUUUCUUUCUUGAAUUGCAUGAGUUGACUUAUCUCUGUGUCACAACACGUGUUCAUGCACCCACUAAUUCUGACCCACUUUGACCUUGAAGGUGUUAUGCAGUUGUAUCAAUACUGGACAUACGUAAAGCUGGUGGACCGGCAUAAGUCAGAUCUGAACCACUCAUCAAGAAAGGUUAAAGGUUCAAUUGCUGAAUCCCUCAAUUGCUAUAAUGCAAGUCAAUUGGAUCUUAUACAGCAGCUUCGCUGGCUGUUUAUUGUGCAAUCAGCCCUUAAUGCUUAGUUGACGAUAGAACCCAUUUAAACUUUACAGCAUUACCUUCUCAGACUGGCAGGCGGUGAACUGUCUCUUUGACCCACUAAUCACUGUGGACACAUGCAUAAUAUGGGUCCCAUGGGCUGCACACACUAAGAUGUAACAGUUAAGUACAGGUAAAGAAAUGUAACAUUGUAGCUGCGCAAUCAAGAAAAAGGAAUUUUAAAGGAGAAUGGUUGACCCCAAGUCAAUGCUCAGGGACAACAUUACCCCAGUGAUGCAAGUUAGUACGUACAGUACAGAACAUGGUGGACUCAUGUCGCACAGAAAAUAAUAAAUAAAUAUAUAUAAAAUAUAUUAUAAAUAAUUUAAGUAAUUAUAUGACUUUGUUUUUUUAGCAGAUGGCUUCAAUAUAUCACUGUGCUUUAUGGGUCAAAUCCAGAAUCUUCUGGAAUUGUAUGGAAACUCUAUCUUGUGUUCUACAUUUUCUUGACAACAGCAUAUGAAGGAACCAUGAAUUCCCAACUGUAAGUAGAAGUGAUCCUUUCAGGUUCAUGUGGGGCUGUGCUUUAAUGGAGAAGCUCUGGUCAUGCACAGUAGAUCCAAACCAAAUGGACACAAUCUGAGUUGUGCUCAGUCUGUUCUGUGCACAGCUGAAGCCGACAGGGUUAACCAAGCAAAGGCCACACCGCUCAUCCCCAACUAUAAAAACCUCCUGUUUGAAGUAUUAUCGAAAGAUCUGCUCUUUUCCUCCCUUCCAGUAACAAACAAUGAAGUAGAAUAUGUGACCAUGCAUCUAAAAUAGGUUUUGACAUGGCUGCUGUCGGAAGGAAGCGUACACUGUAUGUGUGGUAACAACAGACACUAAUCACAGGGAGGUGCCAACACAACACAACUCAACAGAGUCUCAAUGUACAGUGUUUCCUAAAUAUUUUCCUAUGCUGUAUCUUUGUGGAAUCAUGGGCAUAUGAUGAUCUGCUUCCCUCCUAAUCUCGCAAAGAGGUUAACGCACAUGUUUUUUCUGCAAUAACUGCUGACGUUGUGCUUCUACAACUGAAAGGGACCUGUCCCCCUGCUGGCCACACUUUAUUUGAUGUCCUUCAAAUGCAUGCAGUUCUUCCAUUAAGAGUGUACAGCGAUGCCCUGUAAGGACCACGAGGAGAAAGCUAGCAAGGUUAUAAUACGAAACCGACGUAGUGAGUAUUUGGAUGCAAAUACAAACCUGUAUUCUUCAAUGUGAAUAGGAUCAUGUCUGGCAUGCGUUGUUAAAUAAACUAUUAACUAGAUUGGUAA